AUGGCUCCCACCAUCCGAGUAAUCGGCUCCCUAAACGCCGACAUGGUCUCAGUGACCCCCCGCUUCCCCGACGCCGGCGAAACAAUCACCUCCUCCGCAUACUUCACGAGCGCCGGCGGGAAAGGCGCAAACCAAGCAGUUGCAUGCGGGCGGCUCUCCCGAUCACAGCCUUCUUCCACCUCCUCGGCCCCAAACGCCGGCGACGUCCAGGUCGAAAUGGUCGGCGCAGUCGGCGGGCUCGACGGCCACUUCCCCGCACUCCUACAACCAACGCUCGCAAAGUCCGGCGUCGAUACAGCGCGCGUGAAAGUCGUGGGGGAUGCAUAUACCGGCGUGGCAGUGAUUAUCGUGGAUAGCUCGGCCGGCGGCGAGAACAGAAUCCUCUUCUCACCAGGCGCGAAUUACACGGGGAUGCAAGCCGAGCCAUCGGUAAUUGGGAUGGCGCUCGCGGACCCGAUUCCGGAUGUCAUUGUCAUGCAGGGCGAGAUCCCAACCGAGACGACGAUCGCGAUUCUCCGGGAGAUUGGGCGGUGGAAGGAGCAGCAGCGAGCGAACGGGAAGAAGGGAAUUGAGGCCGGUUCCGACGUCAUGUUCAACCCCGCGCCUGCGCCACCAAAUGGCUUACCCGAGGACGUAUACAAGGGCGUUGACCACCUCGUCAUGAACGAGACGGAGGCGGAGCUCAUGACGCCGGAUGAGGAGGUGCUGCUGCGGGUUCCGGGGAUCGAGAAGAGUCAGGAUAGCAAGGAGAAGGUUGCGCGAUACUUCCAUUCUCUCGGCGUGAGCUAUGUGCUUGUUACGCUGGGUGCGAAGGGGGUGUGGUAUAGUGCUGCGGAUGCGGAGAGUCUGGACGAGCGGGUGACGAAUGAGGUCCCCGCGGCCAAGGUGAGCAGGGUGCUGGAUACGACGGCCGCGGGAGAUACGUUUGUGGGGGCUUAUGCGGUUAAGGUUGCGAGGUGGCGUGAGGCGAGGCGCGCGGAGGGGAAGGCCGGGGUGGAUCUGGAGGUGCAGGAGAAGAGGCAGCGGUAUAAGGGUGUCAUGGACGAGGCGAUGGAAGUGGCUACGAGGGCUUCGGCACGGUGUGUCGAGAGGCAGGGCGCUAUGGAUAGUAUUCCGUGGGAAGAUGAGAUUUAG